AUGUCUGAUAUAUACAUUGCAACAUAUUCACAAAUUGAUGUUUUUGAAAGUGUAUUUAAUGGUAUUCCGUUGAUGCGAAGAUGUGACGAUGACUGGGUUAAUGCUACACAAAUAUUGAAGAUUGCAGGUUACGGCAAAGCACAAAGAACGCGAAUACUUGAAAAAGAGGUUCACCAGCAUGAGCAUCGAAAAAUACAAGGAGGUUUUGGCCGUUUUCAGGGAACGUGGAUACCCCUGAAUUUAGCGAAAGAGCUUGCUGAUUCGCAUCAUCUCACAAGAGAGCAUGUGAAUGUAUUGUAUUAUAACCCGAAAACCGAUGGUCCGGUCCCCAGAAAGCAGACUUCUAAAUCGAGGACUCGCAAACAUAAGAAUGUCAGCUCAUCCUAUCCUGCAACUAAAAAACGUAAGAAUGAGGAUAAGCCUAGGAAGAGAGGGAGGAAGUCCAAGAAGGAAAGUUCGGUAUCUGAAAAGCCUCCUGAACAAUCAGAAUCUCUGGCCGUUACAAGAAUGCCGCCAACCUUUGGUAUGUUUGAGAAGCACCAAUCUAAGGCAAAAUCAAACUGUGUGAGCCGGCAGGAGGUUCCUGUUCAAACGAAUGGUAUUCUACACUCACAGCAGCAAUCGCAACAAAAUAAUUCAACGAUGAAUACCAAUGUUGGUUAUUACCCGGAUGGGAGACUUGUAAAUCGGCCCGUUAUCCAGCAGCAACAGUCAAUUCAACAAGUGGUACCUUCCGGUUUUGGAUUGCCUUCACGUGGUCAGGGUUUCCAACCAUAUGGCCAACCAUACUCAGAUGAUCAGCAAUCGUUCAUGGCACAGCAAAAUUCACAGUUUAUGCAAAGGUAUCCGCCAACUUAUCAGGAUACCACGCAGGGCAGUUUGAAGUGUCCGAGACCUGAUUCAUCAAACUCUAUAGACCAGGAUAUAAAAAGCAGUAGGCCACCUUUCUGCCAAGAUAUUGUUCAGCAAGAUUACUUUGUUGGUACUCAGCAACUUCCAACACCACAAUCUCAGCCUCAGCCAACCCAAAGAUUUGAUAAUAAUGUUACCCAAGAAGAGGAUGGCUUUGACUAUUAUACUGAGAGGUUGCUAACAUUUUUCAGCAAUGAAAAUGAGCCUGUUCCCGAUUUCCUUUUGAAUCCCCCAGACGACUUCGAUGUGAAUAAACCAAUAGAUAAUGAAGGUCACACGCCGCUUCACUGGGCAUCGGCAUUGGCACUGCCAGACAUUGUGGAAUUGCUUAUUUCUAAAGGAUCAAAUCCUCUUCUCUUAAGUAAUGCGGGGAUGAACAGUUUGUCCAAAUUGAUCCAUUUCACCAAUGCCUAUGACACCAAAAAUUUCUAUGAGCUCCUCAUGCUUUUAAGACAAUGCCUUAUUGUGCCUGAUGCAAAGGGUAGAACGCCACUACAUUAUCUUGUAGAAUUAAGCAUAGACCCGGAAAAAUAUGAUUGCGUGAGGUACUAUUUUGACAAUAUUGUGACUUUUGUGAAAGGGCAGCAACAAGAAGUUGAUAAAAUCUCUGAUGCUAACAUGCCUCGGAAAAAUUUGUUAAGUAUUCUGAUCAAUCAUAAAGAUAAUAAUGGUGAUACUGCACUAAUGAUCACGCUGAAAAUUGGAUCUUAUGACUUCUCAAGAUGGUUAAUUGAGCAAGGGGGAAUCUUUGAUGCCCAAGACUAUUCUAGAAUUCCUCCUGAUUUAUUAAAACUGAUGAAAUUGCAUUCAAGCAACCAGGCAUUUACUGCUCAGAAUGGUACCCGGACUUUCACUGGUAACGUUUCUGAGCAAAAUGGUGCCACUAUAAUUCAAAAGCCUGUUCCCAAUUCCAAUGACACAAAUAAUGCUACUUUAUCUGUUUCGCAUGAUUCAGAAAACAAGGAGAAUAUUUAUGAAAGUAAUAACACCACAAUUAGAAACACGAAAAUGGACGGCUCCUUGGCAAUCCCCUCGAGUAGUGGUGUUUCUCAAUCAGUGGUCUCUAAAGCGGAAGAAUCAAAUAAUAAUACAGAAUUCAGUACGUCCACACCAUCACGGAAACGGGAUAGCUCUAUAUUAAAAUAUAAUGAUGGUGGUGCAAAAGAAAAUGUUGCCGCAUGUUCCAAGACAGUUCCUUCUUUGAUUACAAUGGUUGGUGAACUCAUUUCUGAGGAAAUCAAAAGUAAAAAUGAAGAGAUGAAACAUAAUUUGAACACCUUGACUGAUCUGGAUAAAGAGGUUAAUUCUGUGGCUGAAAAAUCUUCACAACUUAUUAAAAAUAGUUUUAAUCGUAUUGAGGAAUCAAAGUUUAACAUGCUUUUAAACAGUACGGAUAGAACUGACCAUGUCAAACUUAAUAAGGUUUUAAAGGGCAAGUUAAUGGUUUUCAAGAAAAUUCUUGUUACAAAAAGGGGACAGUUAUAUAAUGGCUACGAAAGAACGCAGGCGUUGGAAGUGGCCAAAUCGGUCAAUGAUGAAGAAAUGAAGAUUGCGGAUUACUUAGAUCCUGUCAGUAAUUCUUCAGAGAUGACUGAUGAAACUCUCAAUCUUGCAGUAAAGUUGACUUUGCUUCAAAUUGAGAGGAAGAAACUCAUUAACAGUAAAGUUGAAUCUAUUAUUGCUGGAAGUGAAUUUCAUCUUCUAGAUGAUCCUCUUGAAGUCCAUGAGGGUAACCUUUGUGAAUCUGUCCCUUCAAUUUUUGCAGAGGGUUUUUCUGAUGACACGAAAAUGCAAGCAAAGCUGUUUCUAUAUAAGAAACUAAUAUCUAAUAUUUGCAGCCUUCCGAUGGAGGAUAUUACAAAAGAUUUAUUGGACGGAAUUGAAAUGAGACUUAAAGGCAGUCAAAUUUCAUCUUGA